GCUGGAUCAUACGCAAUGUUAUAAAAGCGCCGUCUUUCCUCCCGGAGCUCAGUGAAGAGAACUCGUCUCAGCAGGAAGCACCAGUCUCUCAAGCCUCCAUCUUCCACCUUCACUCCUCCCCCCAGGGUCCCCACUCUCCCCAAGCCAGCCCGGAAGCAGCAGUCUUUUCCACCAUGCAGCUCACGUCCCUGCUCGUCUCGUCCGCGGCGCUCGCCGCCUGCGCGGGCGCCGCCGCCGUGGCCCCGCGCCAGGACCUCGGCGACGUCACCUUCUCGCUGCCCGAGCCCAUCGCCGUCGACAACUCCAACGAGCGGAUGCUGCUGCCCGAGGACGUGACCUGGUCGGUGCAGGAGGUCCUCGACGGCGGCGGCAACGCGACCGAGGCGGCCCCGUCGGCCGACGCGGGCGCGGCCCUCCUCGGGGCGCGCCAGAUCGGCGUCGACGAGCGCGUCCUGCAGACCAGCACCGCCUACCCCUUCCGCGCCAUGGGCCGCGUCCGCAUCAACACGGCCAGCUCGUCGUCGUGGUGCUCGGGCUCGCUCGUCGGCGCCCGCGUCGUCAUGAUGGCCCGCCACUGCCUCACGUCAGGCGCCUCGUACAGGUUCCAACCGGCCUACUACAACUCGGAGCGCCUGGGCGGCUUCGACGUCAGCCACACCAUCCACGUGCCUGGGGAAAACGCGGACAACGAUGGCUGCGGCUGGAAGAACGACUGGGCGAUCCUCAUCAUCAGUACCAAGCCCAACUACGGCUUCCUUGGGUUCCGCUACAUGACCGACGCCAUGUCCAACGCCGCCCUCAACUGGUGGAACUACGGCUACGGCCAGGACAAGCAGGCCAGCGGCCAGCACCCGUACUCGCAUAACGGCUUCAGGGUCAAGAAGACGACUGGGUGCGGCAGCAGCGAGGGCGGCGCUCUGGAGCACUACGCCGACACCUUUGGCGGUAACUCGGGCGGCCCCGUCUGGCUGAACGAGGCCGACGGCUCCUACCAGUACGGAGUCCACGUCGGCGCCGUCAGGGGUGUUCGUGCCAUUGCUUCGCACGGCGCAACCCUCAUCAACGCCAUCAUCAAGGCCCGCAACGACUUCCCUUGAGUGAUUAAACGUUAGGUCAGACACAAGGAGGUGCCUAACUUGUUGAUGUAAUGAUGGGAGUGUCAAUGUUUCCCUGUGGGUUCUCAUUAGCAUAUGAUCGCAUCUGUGAUCAACGUAUUGUUCAUGUAUGUAGGAGUUUCUAGUUGGAUAUAAAAAGCACGCACUGCUUGAUUGUGGUGACUCUGCUCUCGUUAUUAACACACUUGCUUGAAACAUCGCCCUCAUGCUGCAUGAUUGACUGUAUUCAUU